AUGGUAGCCCUCCGAGACGUGCCAUUAGCUCAUGGCGGACAGCAGGAACAUGAGGGCAAGCCUGAUGAUACUGCAGACCAGAUCACCCGGCUCGAAUCAGAAUUGCUCUUUCGAGAGUCUGCUAUCCCACCAUGGCGCUUCGCCUUCCUCUGUGUUGGCCUCUCCCUUGGCCUCCUCAUGGCCAUGAUGGAUGCCUCCAUCGUUGCCACAAGUCUCUACACCAUCGGUACAGAUUUUAACGACCUCGAGCAUAUAAACUGGAUCGCCCUGGCAUAUACACUGGCAUUUCUCGGGUGCUCCGUCUUCUUUGCCAGCAUGGCCGAUGUCGUUGGCAGACGUAACGCCUUCAUUGCAGCCUUUGUUCUCUUCUUUGCGUUUUCGCUCGGCUGCGGCUUCUCUCAAGAUAUGAACUCUAUUAUUGCGUGCCGAGCCUUUCAAGGCAUUGGCGGCGCCGGCCUGUUCUCAGUGACGAUGAUCAUAUUUCCUGAGCUGACCCCUCCGAAUUACACAAACCGCAUCGCACCUCUGAUAGGGAUGAUCAUCUCUACCGGUGGCGUGCUUGGUCCCAUCCUCGGCGGUGUGUUUACGAAAUACGUGUCAUGGCGAUGGGUAUUCUGGAUCAAGUCAGUUUCAUGGCCUUUUUGCCUCUUCAGAAACCAUGUCUUUGCGGCGUCUACGCUGAACACUGUCUUCCUGGGGUUUGCCUACCUGGCCACGCUCUUUGCGGUGCCCCUACGCCUGCAGGUCGUCAAUGGGAAGAGCCCAAUCAUGGCCGGCAUCCUGAUGCUCCCCAUGCUGGGAGGGACAGGUAUUGGCAGCGCGCUCACCGGGAUGUUUAGCAAGAAGCAAAAUCACCUGAGCGAGACGAUGACAGUCGCAACAGCCAUGGUCAUGCUAGGUCUCGCGCUGGAGACGACGGUAACAGACUCUUUAGAGGUGGAGCCAAAAUUCCUGGGAUUCCUGGUCUUCAUCGGUCUCGGCUAUGGGAUGAUCGCAUCCUCGGCGACGAUGUUCACGUCGCUGGAGUCGCCCAUUCCGGAGCAUGCUCCCGCUCAGGGUAUCAUCUCGCAGUCCCGCAUGCUCGGAGGAAGCAUCGGGAUUGCCAUGUCCUCAGCGGUACUUGCGGCUCAGCAGCGGACACAUCUGGUCGGAAUUGUCUCGCCCGCUGCCCUUGCGGAUCUGAAGGGCGCAGAGGCGAACCUGACUGAAGCUCAGCUUGCCGUGAUCCGCAAAACGUACAACGAUUCCUUCACCGAGACGAUGAAGGUGUGUGCGAUAGUCGCAGGUGUCGGCGUCCUCAUCACAUUAGGGACCUACCGCCGCGGCAGGCUGUCGAUUGCUGAGCAGAGACAGCAGCAGGUCCGAAAAGAGACCGAGCGCCGCCGUGCUGAGAAGGAAUCGGUGGGCUCAAAUGCAUCCAAUCGGUCAGCCUGA